CAUCUAAAUGUGGCAUCGAUUGAACUUUGCGUGCGAAUCAAACUGAAAGCGAGCGUAGUAAUUAAAAUUUCACCACAAUUACCUAAGCUAAGCCGACAGUAAAAAUUAAAAGAACAACAACUGCAGUAGCAGCAAACAAAGAGAUAGCGCCAGCCACAACCACGACAACUACACAACAGAGCAACCAAUACAAAAACUCGUUUCUUGUGUGCGUGUGCGUUUCUUUUCUUUUUAUUUGCAUUGCAGGCAAAGCGGUCGCUGCGACAUUUCGUGGCAGAGACUGACCACAAGAGGGGCGUGCUUGCAUCUAGAAGUCCGUAAGCAGAAACAGCAGCAGAUUGCAGCAUUAUGAUGGUUGAGUCCGACGGUACCGCUGACGCCACCCGUCGUCUCAAUGUUAAGAAACAAACGCUAGACGAUGCCUACGCCGUGCCCGCAAAUUUCCUCGAAAUCGACGUUGUCAAUCCGUUAACCACCAUGGCGGCGGGCAAGAAGCGCUACACAGACUAUGAAGUGCGCAUGAGGACCAAUUUGCCGGUAUUCAAAGUAAAGGAAUCGAGUGUGCGACGCCGCUACAGCGAUUUUGAAUGGCUAAGAAACGAGCUGGAGCGCGAUAGCAAGAUUGUGGUGCCGCCAUUGCCUGGUAAGGCAUGGAAGCGACAGAUGCCUUUCCGUGGCGACGAGGGUCUCUUUGACGAGAAUUUCAUCGAAGAGCGAAGAAAGGGAUUGGAGGCGUUCAUCAAUAAGAUAGCCGGACAUCCGCUGGCGCAGAACGAGCGCUGCCUGCAUAUGUUCCUGCAGGAGAAUGUCAUCGAUAAAAACUAUGUGCCCGGCAAGAUACGCAACACAUAAGGUCGCUGAUUCCCGCUCAGGAUAGCAAUAACAGCAGUAGCAAUGCAAUGAAGCAAAAGCUCGAAACGAACAAAACUUAAGAAUUGAAAAUUACGAAAAACCAAUUAGGCAAAAUCAAUCCGUGUGUUGUAUGUGUGCGUGUGUGUUUAGCCAGUUACGAGUAAUAACGAAAUAAUAGAUGUUAAAAAGAAAUUGAAA